GCCAAUGAGAAGAUGCCAAUAAGUCAAGCCUACACACCCUGCACGUGAUCGUAAGGCAGCAGUUGUGUGAGCGGGUGGACCCAAAAUGUAGCGACGAAAGUUCGUGUAGCGGAGCAGGUCUAGAGAAUGAGUGAGAGAGACAUCACAACAUUGAAUAGCCAACUAGAGGUUGCUGUAGAGAAUAACGAAGGUGAUGAGGUUGAAAGAUUGUUGAGUGAAGGGGCUUCACGGAAUGCUUGUGGUGUUGAUGGAUGGCCUGUAUUGUUGGAUGCUUGUAAUAGACGCUCUUAUUCUGUAUGUAAGCUGCUAGUGAAGAGAGGAGCAGAUGUGAACAAAACUGAUUCUUGGGGUAUGACUGCUCUAAUGUUGGUAGCAUGGAAUGGUGAUGAUGAAAUGGUCGACUUCCUUUUAUCAUCAAAUGCUGAUGCUGGACAGAAGGAUGCGGUGAGUGUAUGUGAUGCAGUUUGAUGUGGUGAUGUGUGAGUAUGAGAAGUUAUGUUUUAAAAUGAAUGUAUUAAUAACGUAAACUAGCAGAGUCCUUCAGCAUUGCCCAUGUAAUCCAGAUGUAUGUAUAUAAAGGUGUAGUGUGUUUGCUUACUUGACCAUAACCUCGAAAAGGGGCUCGAUGAAACACAUGCAGCCAACAGUCGAUUAGACUGUUCUUCUAGUUGAGCAGCCUGUUUUUCAUCCAGGAAAGAUGAGUAAGUAUCUAGUUUUUAAGCAAGUUACUAAGUUUCCAUAUUAAGGUAAUGUCCUUGAAAAGGUUGCAUUUUCUUUUUCUUUCAUACAAUCAUGCAGUGCAUACGUUUGUAUUUUUGUAUUUGCUGCAAACUGUCAUCUUAAGGCAAUCAUUGUGAUGCUUUGAUAGAAAGAAGCGUCCUGGACACACUCAAAUGGCAAUAAGCCAAAAGAGGAGUCAAUGAAAGCCAUGCAGCUAACAAAUGAUUGGACUGACAAUGUUCU